AUGUCAACUAAUUUGCAUGUUCUUUUGACUUGUGAGUUUGCACAGGUUAUGGAUGAAAAGUAUGAUGUGUUUCUUAGUUUCAGAGGUGAGGACACCCGCAGUACUUUUACCAGCCAUCUUCAUGCUGCUUUACUUGGGAAGAAAGUUGAGACCUACAUAGAUUACAGAAUUGAAAGAGGAGAUAAAAUUGCUCCUGCCCUUCUCGAAGCAAUCGAGAAAUCAAAGCUUUCAGUUAUUAUUUUCUCAAAAAACUAUGCUUCUUCCACUUGGUGUCUGGAUGAAGUUGUGCAUAUACUAAAAUGCAAGGAAAGAGAUGGGCAGUUUGUUAUACCGAUUUUUUAUGACAUCAAUCCAUCAGAUGUACGAAAACAGCAGGGUAGUUUUGCAGAUGCAUUUGCUCAACAUGAAGAACGUUUCAAGGACAAGAUGGACAAGGUUCACGAGUGGAGGCUUGCUUUGAGGAAAGCAGCCAAAAUAUCAGGGUUUGAUGAUUCAAACAACAGGCUGGAGUCUGAUUUAGUUAAGACAGUGGUGAAAGAUAUUUUGACCAAAUUGAAUCGCAAAACAUCAAGAAAUCGAAUCGUUAUUAUGCAUUGA